AUGCAUUACACAUCAGUGGUAAUUGCACUCACAUACCUCUUCAAUGUCAUCACAGCGAUUGGAUUCACUGGGGUUUUCAGAAAUAUACCCAACGAUGUACCGGAGUUAGCCAAGGAGUUGCGACAAACAGUACCAAAUUUAAAUAACUAUCCUCUGAGAUUUAAAGUGGACCUAUACAAACUCAAUGAUAGGGGAAAGAAUCAUGAUUUUACUCCAAUUACAGCCACUGUAGAUCAAGGAUACCGGUUCACGUAUAAAGAUUUGACAGUUGGAGAGUACGAAUUGAUUGCCAACUCAUACGACUUUACAUUUUCAAACAACAGGUAUAGAUUAUCGGUCGAUGACGACAAAAUUGUGGCAUAUAAGAGCACUUUGGGGCAAGAGAAGAAUAAUCAGUCGGUUUAUACAGAAGUAAGUCACCAAUCACCUUUGGAAAUACAAUUUAAAGAAGUCAAACAAUUUUAUGAGAAGUCUAGUGGAUCGGUAUACGAUAUGCUUCUCAACAGUCCAUUUGGAUUCAUUUUCAGAAACAAGACAUACACAAUCAUAUUCGUAGUCGUGUUGGUGAUUUCAAUUGCUCCCACUAUUGCUCAAUGGGUUAACCCUGAAUUUGCAGAACAGUUUAAAGAAAUUCAGGCACAAGCAGCAGAACUGAGGUUAGAAAAGUCGGAUGUAGUUGAGCCAGAGGAGAUUGCUGUUGGUACUGGGGCCACGGGGGUUAAGAAAGCCAGCAACACAUCAAAAAAGAGAAGAUAA